GCCCUAGGGUUUCUCUGUUUCAUUAAGCGCUCGCGGUCGCAUCGCAACCCCGAUCACAGCAGCAGCAGCGGUCCAGCGGAGAGUUCGCUAGCGGAGAUGAAGGUGGUGGCCGCGUACCUCCUCGCUGUCCUCGGCGGCAACGCCAACCCUUCCGCCGACGAUCUCAAGUCCAUCCUCGAAUCAGUGGGAGCGGAGGCUGAGGAGGAGAGGAUAGAUCUGCUGCUGACCCAGGUUAAGGGGAAGGACAUCACGGAGCUGAUCGCCACCGGGAGGGAGAAGUUCGCUUCGGUCCCGUGCGGAGGAGGCGUCGCUGCUGUCGCUGCCGGCAGCGGAGGUGGUGCUGCCGCUGCUGAGCCGGCCGCUGCGGAGGCCAAGAAGGAGGAGAAGGUUGAAGAGAAGGAGGAAUCAGAUGAUGAUAUGGGCUUUAGCUUAUUCGAUUGAGGAGCUUCGUGCAUUUUACCCUUUUUAGGGAUUCGAAAGGUAGUUUUUAGAUUGAUUGGCAGCUUAACGCGAACAAUGUGAUUCUGUUAGGGUUUUCUUUCUUGUCUUUUUGUUAGGCAGCUGAUGGAAAUUUUGAUUAUGGUCCAAACUUUUUGCUUGAAUCCGAGAUGGAAAACUGAAGAUUUUAUGAGUUUAAUGUUCAUGUUUUUAUUGAAUAU